AACCCAGAGCUUCCGACGACCUCCUUUCCGCCGCCACCGUUGCGCGACCGACAAACCCCUCCAACCAAGCUUCUCGACGACAUACCCAAAAAAAAUUCCCAUCAUCACAAUGGCCGAUUCUGCUGGCGCGGUAAACGGCCCCUCCAAAGCCGCCAACGGCAAUGCUGGACAGACUCUGACGCCGUAUCAUUCGCUCUUCAGGCAUCUGUUUUCCUGGGAGAAGCCCCGUGACUCGGCCAUCGCAUAUGCUUCCGUUGUUACCACCAUCGUCGCUGUGAGGUACCUAAACCUCCUUAGCUGGACUCUUGGAUUGUCCUGGAUGGUCUUGGCCACCACUGUCGCUGCUGAGGUUUCCGGCAAGCUGAUCCUUAACAAUGGCCUGGCUUCCCAGUUCCGCCCACGCGAGUAUUUCACCAUUUCACGGGACACCUUUGAAGCCAUGGUUAGCGAUGCCCACGGAUUGAUCAACUUCUUCCUCAUCGAAGCUCAGCGCAUCGUUUUUGUUGAGAACAUUGGCGUUUCGGCUGCUGCUUGCGUCGCUGCCUUUAUCUCAGGCUUCCUCAUCAAGGUCGCUCCCUACUGGGUUCUUGCCAUCAUUGCAACCACCAUUGCUUUCUUCGCUCCUCUCGUCUACUCCACCAACCAGGAGUUCAUUGAUGAGCAGCUCAAGACGGCCGCCGAUGCCAUCAACGCCCAAACCGCCCAAGUUCGAGAUGCUGCUCAGAAGCAGGCCGACCACCUUGCUGCCGUUGGAAAGCAGUAUGCCGAAGACUAUACUGGCAAGGUUCAGGACAUUCUGCGCACUCGCAACCUUUCUCCUUCGGCGGCAAAGAAGUCUCCCGUCGAAUUCCCCUCUCCUCCUACUGAGGAGCCCAAGGUUGCCGAACCAGCUGUCCCCCAGGAGCCUAUCCAUGCCUAAAUGGGGCUUUUAGAUCCGUAGGUGUGUUUACAGUCGAAGAGAAACGAAUGCGAGCUUGAGCUAUCCCUAUGGCUGCUCUGUUUUACGUUCUCUACGCUGUAAAUCAUAACCCUACCACUGAGGUGAUGGAUAUUUCCAAGAUUGAAAUCAAGAUGGAGAGGAUGCAUGGUUUUAGGAGACGACGGUGUAUCACCGUAUCAGAGCAUGAUGAUAUCCGCUCAAUUGGCACGAAAAGUUAAACAUUUGGUGAACAGCAACUUUUUGUGCUGAGAAAGGCACAUUCAAUGGGGGGUGAGCGUGGAGGACAACGGCGUUUGCUACGAGACCGA